AGACCGCCGCUUCUGAAAAGGGAAAUGUCUAACAGAUGAUUGGCGCCGUGCCCGCCCGCUCCACUUCUGCUGCGCGCUAAACGCAGCUCCUCUGACCAAAGCCAGGAGCGCGCACACGCACUCAAGGCACCAGGGAGGCACUGCUGCUGGGACGGGACGCGACUGAUCCUGAGCAAAAAGCUGCUUCUGUUUAUUCCGAGGAAUGGGGCGACGCUGUUGGUGUCCAACGUUAACAAGCCCCGUUCAAAGCAAAUGCUGCAACGUAGCACCGUCUGCCGGUGAGGUCACUGUGGCACAAAGCAAAGCGACCUGCGCGGACACGCAACGGAGAUUCCGUCACAUCACAGCGGCUUUGUUCGCGCACUGAUUGACUGCUUGGUUUUUGGAUUAGAUUUUUCCAGUAGAAUCGUAUCGAUUAUUGCGAGUCAGAAAGGCUCGCGCUGAUGGAUCGUGGAUAAUUGGUUAUUGAUGAACCGAGCGGGACCACAGCAGCGGAACCUCGAGUUAAAAAAGAGAGCGGCGUCCGUAAAGACACAUCUGAUUGAAUAAAACAACACACAUUGACCUGGUCAUCAUUAUAGUUAAAGGACUGAGGUGAAACUAUGGCUUUGGUCCUAUCAAUGAACCCUUUUUGUGAGCCUGAAUCCGAAGCCCCGCCACCAAUCUACCAACCGAUCUGGGAUUCGGAGCAUUGCAGUAAAAGCUGUAUCUCCACCUCCUCACCACCAGGGGGUAACACCCAAGGGCUCAUUGAAGAGCCCCAUUACAGACGAGCUCCUGAUCAUGUGAUGGAUCGUGUGGCCCUGUCACGGAUCUCAUAUUUCAAGAGGAAAUUUGUGGAGGAUGAAGAACCUGCACUGAGCUUCAGGAGUUACUGUCACACUCAGGUGUCACCGGUCUUGGAGGAGCGUGCACACAUUCUCCGUCUUUCUCUCGAGAAGCUGCGUUUCAUGGAUGACCCCGAGUCCUUCUUACGGCGCUCCGUGCUCAUCAACAACCUUCUCCGUCGUCUCAGAAACGAAAUCCUCCUCCAGAGUGACUGGUGCUUCCCAUCAGGUUCCACAGCAACACCUUAUUCCCUCCAAACACCUGCCACAAAUACCCCUCUUCCCCCUCCUGCCCUGCAGCCCUGCAUUACACCGCCCGGGCCGUACCGCAAACGCCUGCGUCUGCUGAGGCGUGAAGGUCCAGAGUGUGUCCCUGCCUGCUGCUGUUUAUACGCAUCCGGCCGUUACCUCCAGCUCCCCCUGUCUGUUUACGAACGGGAUGUAUACUCCAACUCUCACCCUUCUUCUUCAUCAUCAUCAACUUCAGUAAGAUUUCCACAGCUGCUGGAGGAGGAGGAUGAGGAGGAGGACAGUGAUGAAGAAGAGGACUCUGUGUGUCCUAUGUUGGCUCUGUGUCAUGCUGAAACCAGAGAGCAGAACAGGGCAUGGGAUGGUCUGCAGAGCCACAAGGAAAACAAGACCCUGGAGAAAAAGAGAGAAAAGGGGAAGGAGAAGGCUAGAGGAGGGGAGGUUUCACAGCGAUGGCUUUCAGACGCUAUAGGUUCUGGACACCAUGGGGCUCUCACCAGGGCUCACUUGAGGGGAAAAUAACAACAGAACACUUGCUGUGGAAACAAAGGAAGAAACUGGUUUCCAGCAGCUUUAUAGAUCCGUUAUACAAACCAGAAUAUCAAAGUUUUCUUAAUUUUUAGGUACUUUUUGUACUUCUGGAUUACGCAACAUCACAAAUCAAAAGGGACAGCGAAAUCACAUAUCACUCGGCUCUUGCGGAAACUACCAUACUGUGCCUUAAAUGUUCUCGUUUAAUGUGUUUGAUGUGUUUGUGGAUAUUUGUGACUGAACCAAUCCACAAAGAAGUAUGGAAGCUUGUUUCCAUACACUCACAAUUCAGAGACGAAAAGGUGAACUGCAAGGUAUAAAUUCAUAAUUGUGAUAAGAAAAACAGAACUGUAAAAUAAAAAAAGUCACAAUAAUCUUUUUUAUUUUUUUAUUUCAUGGCAGAAAAAAAAAGAAUUGUGAUAUAUAAAUUUGUAAUUCAAAAGGAUAUAAACUCUGAAUUGUGAGAAAGAAUUCUGAGUUUAUACCAGUUCCGAAGAAUUACAAGUUUAUAUCUCACAAUCCUGUGUUUAUAUCUUGCAAUUCUGCCAUUUUAUUUAUUCCGUAGCAGAAAUGGCCUUUCAUAGUGAUGGGGACCAUGUGAAAAAAGAUUCACACUCAUUCAGAAUUUGUAAGGAAAAAAAAAUAAUAAUGAAAAAAAUGUUCAAAAUUAAAUUUUGUUAAUAUAGGCACCUGUCGAAAUGCAUGACCUGGGUUGCUGUCCAUGAUGAUAAUCACAUUUACAUGCAGUGUAUUUUAGCCAGAAUGCAUGAGGCCCUGAAGCUGGCCAUAAUGUUCAAUACAAUUCUAUUCCAUUUAGCACCCUUAAUAUUUAAUAUAUUUACAUAUUCAGGAGACAAAACAUCUUAAUUGACACCAGCUGACAGAGAUCACGGAUACAGUUACCUCAGUGUCCUUAUUAAUCUGUUAUUUUGAGGUCCAAUGAUCCAAGUGAUUUGUAGGAAAGAGGGAAUCUUCAUUUACUAUGAAAGCUGUUAUUUUCAUGCACUUUUUUUAUAUUGUUUGCGUUUUCUCCGCAUUUAUUUUAUUUGUAAAAACACAUAAUGGGAGAACCUCAGACAUGAUCACAACUUAUACAGGCAACAAUGCUGGUAGGAAAUGAAAUAAAAUCUUAAACAUUGUUCUGGUUUGAUUUCUGUGUGUGUUUUUGUGAAAUGUGUUAAGAAUAAAAUGAUCUCAAGCUCACAA